UAUCUCUUGGUAGUCUAGAUGGAUUGAGGCAUGAGUCAAACUCGGACAGGGAAACAUUGAUUUUUGGCAGGUGUGUGAACAGUGAAGAGAAUGAGGCAGACUCUCGACCAACAGUAAAACCACGACAGAAGCUCGGGAUCUCUUUGGAUUGCGCAGUGCCUCCUCACCUCGUUGAACGGAUUCAUUAAAGUGGCCCUGGACCUACUUCUGGACUCCAUCUCGUCAUUACUCGCAAUAUGAAUAGUCGCGAUUCCACGGCCACGGUCCAACCCCAUCAGGACGAAGGUGCCAAGUCCAAGAAGCCCUCAGAUAGUGCCUUCAAGCAACAACGUUUGCCCGCGUGGCAACCCAUUUUAACGGCGGGUACGGUCUUGCCCACUUUUUUCGUCAUUGGCGUGGCCUUCAUUCCCAUUGGGAUCGGCGUGUUAUGGUGCUCAGAUAAUGUGAAGGAAGCCAAACAGGAUUAUACUGAAUGCGUUUCCAUUGGCGACGUUUCGGGUCGAACUUGUGCAGAUUACAUCAAGGAUAAUCAGACCACGGCGGAAUGUCAUUGUCGAGUGGACAUCAACAUUGCAGAGGAUUGGGAGGGUGAAGUAUAUAUGUAUUAUGGACUGACCAACUUUUACCAAAAUCACCGUCGUUAUGUCAAAUCUCGGGACGACAGCCAGCUUUUGGGCAAUGUUCUGAGCGACCCAACCACCGAGUGCAGUCCUUUCGACAAAGAUCCCAGUGGAAACAAAUACGUCCCUUGUGGCGCCAUUGCUAACAGCUUAUUUUCAGAUGUCAUCAAAUUGAACUAUAUACCAUCGGAAGACUCUACGCCUAUUGAGGUUGGCCUCAUUCGGAAAGGAAUUGCUUGGGAAUCUGACAAGGAAUACAAGUUCAAAAACCCAGAUCUGGGAGAUAAGUCUUGGGAGCAAUAUUUUCAGGAUAACCAAUUAGUUUCACCCAAGGAUUGGGGCCGAGAAUUGUGGGAAUUGGAUCCGGAAGAUGAGAGCAACAAUGGUCUUCAAAACGAGGAUCUUAUCAUUUGGAUGAGAACUGCGGCCUUGCCCAACUUCCGGAAGUUGUAUCGGAAAAUCAAUCACACAGACACGUUCGCCAAUGGUCUGCCUAAGGGAACCUAUCGCUUCGACAUCACUUACCGGUUUGAGGUGACCUCGUUCAGUGGGACAAAAACUGUCAUCUUGUCCACGACUUCGAUUCUGGGGGGCAAGAACCCUUUCUUGGGCAUCGCUUACAUCACCGUUGGUUCUAUUUGUCUCAUUAUGGGCGUGGUAUUUCUCUUCAUCCACGUCAAGUGUGGCAAACAAACAUCGGAAAUGCUGAAUAUCAGUGCCCGAACGCCUUAUCAUCAUUCUCGCUGAGUGGUGCAGGCGAUUGUGGAUCUGGAUAUUGUCCACGAAAAUGUGAAAGUCCUUUCUCACGUCUCAGAGCUUUAUCGACACGCACCCUUAAUAUUAUACCUUCGUUAUUCAGUCAGACCUAUUAUAUGUCCCACAAAUCACAUACCGAGUAAUUUCAACCACAAAUCACUACUUGGCUUUGUUUCAUUCCAUAUUUGUUAUCCAUCCAGAGAUCACUCGCAACAACUGAUGCAUCUUGUACUUACAGGCGCCUUGAAAAAGGGAUUCGAAGUAUCAGUAUGACGCCCAUCGGUGAUUCAUUCAGCUCUUGAAUAGAAGUGAUUCAUUGCUUGAAAUGACAUAAUUCAUGAAUAAAGAAUAAUAAUUUCGUAAAA